AGCCGGCAAGCGGCGAAGGCGGUCAGCUGCGGCCGGGGAGAGGCGAGGGCUGCUCCGGGCUUAUGCUGGCCUGCCGCCAGUCCGCAUUCCUCACGCACCGGCCGGCCUCAGUGGCCUGAGAGGAUGAGCCGCCGGGGGCCGGAGCAUCCGCCGCCUCUCCGCUCCUUAUGCAACCGCGUUGGCCAGCGGGGAGGCGCGUGAGGCCGCGCAGAGUUCCUCCGCGACUCGAGAAGAGGCGGAAGGAGCGCCGGGCAGGUUGCAUUUCUCCUGCGCGUCCUCCUGUUCUUGACACCCUUUCCGACCCCUAAACAAACCGGGAGCCACCCGCUGCCGCAGUGGUGGGCAUCUCCGCUUCUCCUCAGCCCGGCAGGAGCAGCCUCGGGAGGGGCGAGGCGGGGCCAAGGGGCGGGCCCCGGUGGGGCUCUGGCUGGCCUCAGCCGGCGAACUCUUUGCAUUCUUCUUGGGGGGAGAUGAUGGGCGCCAGGGCCGGGCCGGGCAUGGGGCUGCUGGGGCUGGUGACGCUCUUGGCGCUCUGGCACCGCGCUGGGGCGGGCUGCGCGGAAGAGGGGCGCUGCUGCCCUGGCCGGGACCCAACGUGCGUCAGCACCGGCUGGCGCGUGAACAGAGCCUACGGGACCUGCUUCUGCGACGAGGCGUGCCAGCUGACCGGCGACUGCUGCUAUGACUACGCCCAGGCGUGCCCAGCUCUUCCAUGCAUUGUUGGAGAAUGGACUCCCUGGAGUGGCUGUGCAGAGCAGUGUAAACCUAAUUUCCGAAUGCGUACACGUGUCAUACAGCAAGAGCCAAAAAACGGUGGGGAGCCUUGUCCUCCGUUAGAAGAGAAAGCUGGCUGCUUGGAAUAUACUACUUACCAGGGACAGAACUGUGGGAACGAACAUGUUCCGGCUUUCAUAACUACUUCUGAAUAUAAUAAUGAAAGGAAAAAAAGAGCUGUAAACCCAAGGUGGUCUUCAGAAACAGAGGAUUGGGGGAGCUACUGUGUGGAAUUUAAAACUGAAACACUGUCUCCUCAUUGUUCCGUGGAAAGUCGUCCAUAUGCUCGAUGGAUGCAGUAUCUACGAGAAGGGUAUACUGUAUGUGUAACUUGCCAGCCUCCAGCAAUGCACACUGGCAGCCAUCGCUGUUCUGGAGAUGGUGUUGAUGCUGAUGGGAAUAAAGUUCUUCACUGGCAAGCAGUUGGCAACCCUCUGUGCUAUGGAACGUGGAAGAAAGUGCAGCAAGUGGAAAAGUGUUCCUGCCCUCUUGUACACAGCUUUAUUUUUACGUAGCAUUUUGAACAUUAAUCUUUUCAGUAUCUGUAACUGAACUGAUGCUAGGAAUCUACUCUGCUAUUGGGCGUGGGAUAAUGUGUGGCAAUCUCUUUCCUGCAGUGAUUAAAAUUGAGCUAACUAGAUAAAGUUACAGUUGGCAUGUCUGCAGUCAGAAGAAUUGCUUUCUGCCUUUAGAGGGAUUUUGCAUAAUCUGUUGGCCAGAACUCCUGUGAAAGCCCCUUUGAAACUGAUAAGAUUCAUUGUCAUGUUUCUUCUCAUUUCAGCAGAGCUCAUGAUUCCCAAGGCACCUGCAUUUACUCAGAAUUUGAGAAUAUUUGUCCAUUUGAGUGAUUAAUUAGUUCCUGCAUCAUAAAUACUGAAAGUUCCCGCUAUACAGGUGAAACUCGGAAAAUUAGAAUAUCGUGCAAAAGUCCAUUAAUUUCAGUAAUGCAAA